ACUCACUUCAACCACCACAACAACAACCAUUUCUCGCACUGCAACAUGUCGAUCCAGCCUCUUAUCACGUUCAAGGCCGGGAAGUGUGAUCUAACUCCUGGCACCCCUCCAAGAAUCAAGCCCGACGACACCCCCGGCUUCAUAUACCUUUACAUCGGCGAUGAACUUGUUCACUUCUGCUGGCGGCCGCGGUCAGCGUCUGCUUCUGAUCCCGAGCUUGACCUUCUCAUGAUCCCCGGUGAUGGAUCGUUCCUACCAUACACUGGUCCGGAUGGCGGCGCAGAUUCGGAUAACCUCAAGUCCCCAACAAACGGCCGUAUUUUCGUCCUGAAGUUCUCGUCAAGCUCCCAACGACACCUCUUCUGGCUACAAUCCAAACCCCAACACCCCAAUGGCGAUCCGAGCUGGUUCAGCGAGCGUGACCAGAAAUUGGGCCAGGUAGUAGAUAUGCUGCUGAGCGGCGAGGAGGUUGACGUUCAAGAAGAACUGCGAGAACUCCAGAAUCGGCAGGGUCCAGGCCGACCGGACGACGAUGACGAGACCAUGGAGGACGUGGAAGGUACUGAUCAAGGCCAAUCGCACCACCGACAAGGAAGCGGUGGAGCUGGCCCUGGAGCUACUGGUGGCGAUGUCCGAGAAGAAGGCGAAGAGUCUAGAGAAGGUGGUGCUGAUGGCGGUCGAGCUGAUUCUUCAGGUGCUGGAGCCAACGAUGCCUCUGCCAUCGUUCAGAACUUUCUCAAUUCGCUGAAAGGCGGAGCUGGCGCGAGUGGCUCCCAGCAGCAGCAAGGAAAGCCAUUCACAACGCUGCCCGACCUAUUACCAUCGACAACAACUAUCCCUGUCAUAGACCAAGCCGACCCUGCCUUCAUCGAUCGUCUUUGCUCACACCUACCGCCGAUGCUACUCCUACUCGCUCAGGAGAUCGACGAUCUUGAAGAAGUAGACCCUACGUCCGACACCGCGCAAGCUGCGAUCCAGGCUUUGAGCAUCGAUCAGAAGAAAGGCAUUCUUAAGCGUGUUCUACGCUCUCCGCAGCUACAUCAAAGCCUAGGUAGUGUGACUGUGGCGCUCCGCGAUGGCGGCUUGCCUACCGUAAGCGAAGCCUUGAAGAUCAAAGUAGCAAAUGGAGGAUACAUCAAGCACGGAGGUAUGCCGCUUGGAGCUGGUGAGGCUGUGGAAGCAUUCUUGGAGGGCGUAAAGAGCACGGUUCUGGAAGAAAAAGCGAAAGGUGACGAGGGUAAGAUGGAUACGGAUUAAACCAUGGUCAGCACGUAGAUAUGAAGGACAAAACAGGGUUCGUAACUCAGCACUCAGCAUGGCGUGGUGCAUACUCAAAGUUCUUGGAUAGAGUCUCUGAUGUUCGUCUUGCAAUCUCUAUGGUGUAC